GCGCCGCAGAGUGGGCGGGGCCUCCGCUGCUCGGGGAGAGCGUAGAGCAGCGCAUCCGCCGGUAGCGCAGAGUGCCUUUUGGGGGCGGAGCGAGGCGGCUCCAGGCCCGGCUCCCCUGUCAACACCGGCCAACAUGGCGGCGCGGAGGCCCCGCUCCGCCGCAGAACAUGACAGUGACGACGAUUCUUACGAAGUGUUGGAUUUAACAGAGUAUGCGCGGCGUCACCAUUGGUGGAAUCGUGUGUUUGGCCGGAAUUCAGGACCGAUUGUAGAGAAAUACUCUGUAGCUACCCAGAUUGUCAUGGGCGGUGUGACUGGCUGGUGUGCGGGAUUUUUGUUCCAGAAAGUUGGAAAGCUUGCAGCAACUGCAGUAGGUGGUGGCUUUCUUCUGCUUCAAAUUGCUAGUCAUAGUGGAUACGUACAAGUUGACUGGAAGAGAGUUGAAAAAGAUGUAAACAAAGCAAAAAAGCAGUUAAAAAAGCGUGCAAAUAAGGCAGCACCUGAAAUCAAUACUCUAAUUGAAGAGUCAACAGAAUUUAUCAAACAGAACAUUGUGGUGUCCAGUGGGUUUGUUGGAGGCUUUUUGUUGGGCCUGGCAUCAUAAGGACCUGAGCAGUCUCUUCCUGGGGACAUUCAUGUCAGUGAAGACCAAUUGUGGUGACAUGCUCUCUUAAAGCAGAGGGGUUCACUGGGCCUUCUGGAGCAAGAUGAGUGGACUAUCUAGACAACGUGGAAGCUUUUACAUUUCAGGCUUUUGCCUCUUGAAGCUUGGCAAAACUAGGAUUCGCUGAAAAACUCUGCAGUGUGCUCAUUAAGCCAUUUCUGGGCAAAACUGGUUCAUCUUCAUCAUGACUCUUUAUCUAUGACCUUUCAAGAUCUAGCAUUUUUUAAAAUGUUAUUCUUGGAAUAUAGAUAUGCAACCAUACUGUAAGAAAGAAAGCUCCAUUUCUAUGUUUUGGUUAAUAAUUGUUUAUUUUUAAAGUAUUUUUCUUCAUGCUGUAGUAGAUAAUAUCAGUGACUACAUAAUAUAUAUGAUACUGUAGUUUCAGCCUCAUGGCUGUCCUUGUUCUUUAGAAAUCACUGCAAUAAUCUAUCAAUCUGUAGUACCUUUUUACAGAGUAUUAAAUAACAGAGGAUCAUGAGCUUAUUAAAGGUGAAAAUUAACUUUGA